AGAAAAAGUGACAAUCAUUUGACAGCUGCGUACCACUUUUUUAAAAUGGUCGUAUUUUGCAGAAGUGGUUUCUUGAACAAGGUCGUUAGACGUAUUGUUCAAGGUUCGGUAGUAAAUACUAAUAAAAUGGGUACUUCAUUUUCGCGCACUUGUAAUAUAAACACAACAUCAAGCAGGGAAACCAACGAAAGACCUGGCACCAUAUCCCGCUUGGAAUCAACCAGUAACUAUGUAGAGUCAGUUGUCUGCAAUCAAGAUGACUUGAAAGACAAUGAAAUGAAAGUCUUUGACAUUGGAGAUGAAGGAAAAGUCCUGCUUGUGAAACAGAAUGGAGAAUUCAGUGCCUUGGGCACUAAGUGCACUCAUUAUGGGGCUCCGCUGGUGUCUGGGGCUCUUGGAGACGGGAGGAUAAGGUGCCAGUGGCAUGGAGCUUGCUUCAACAUUAAGACGGGGGAUAUUGAAGAGUUUCCUGGCUUCGAUUCGCUGCCGUGCUACAAGGUUACGGUUACGGAAAAAGGAGAAGUUAAGGUACGCGCCAAAAUCAGCGACCUAAAGAGCAACAAGCGCAUCAAAGACCUCGGCAGCCCCUGCACCGCGGACGGCUCCUCCGUGGUCAUCGUCGGCGGCGGCCCCUCGGGCGCCACCUGCGCCGAGACCCUCCGCGCAGAGGGCUACCGCGGCCGCAUCACCAUCGUCGCCAGAGAACACUUCCUCCCCUACGACAGGAUCAAAGUGUCCAAGAUAGGAACAGCCACCGACAUUGAGAAACUCCAAGCAAGGACACAGGAAUAUUACAAUGGAUCGAAUAUUCGUGUUAUCAGAGGCACAGAAGCCAUUAAAGUCCAGCCUGACUCGAAACUAGUACAUCUUAGCAACGGCUCCAAACUGUCUUAUAAUUCAUUGUAUUUGGCCACUGGAUGCAAACCUCGUGUGCCUGAUGUACCUGGCGUAGAUCUUAAGAACAUAUUCACUGUCAGAGACUUUCAAGAUUCAAUGGAUAUUUUGAAUGCUUUAGGUGAAGGCGGAGAUAAGAAUGUAGUGGUUUUAGGCCUGAGUUUCAUCGGUCUUGAAAUAGCCUCGUCUUGCGUUAAGAAAGCAAAGUCCAUGACUGUCGUUGGGAAAGACGACGCGCCUUUAGGGCUCGUCUUUGGUAGAGAAAUAGGCCAGAGCCUCCAAAAGCUGUUCGAAGAGAACGGUGUGACGUUCCAUUUCCAAACCACAAUCGUGAAAUGCAACGGUGAGAAUGGUGUUAUCAAAUCGGUGGAGCUCGCCAACGGGACCACAUUGCAAGCUGAUAUGCUCAUUCUGGGUGUGGGAACUACCUACUACACAGACUUUUUAAAAGAUACCGGUAUCGCUUUGCAACCCAACGGCGCCGUUAACGUCAACGAGAAGUUGGAAACUAAUAUCAAACAUAUUUAUGCCGGCGGCGAUAUCGCGUACGCUCCCGUGUACAGUUACGAGAACAAACAAAUGAGCAUAGGACAUAUCGGCUUAGCUCAAUACCAUGGACGAGUUGCCGCUUUGAACAUUCUAAAGAGGGAAGCGCCUUUAAGAACAGUUCCUUACUUCUGGACUAUGGUAUUUGGUAAAUCUAUUCGCUACGCUGGCUGCGGGCGGCCGGCUAGCACGAUGAUAGACGGCGAUAUCGCCGGACUCAAAUUCGUUAUUUUCUUUUUCGAUGAGAAGGACAAGGUGAUCGCCGUGGCGUCCUGCAUGAGGGACCCGGUCGUCUCCCAGUUUGCAGAGUACUUACAUCAAGGGAAAUCUCUGUACAGGAAGGACCUCAAAGAUGACGCUUUUGCGUGGACCAAAAAUAUUAAUUAAUUUUAAUAUCGAAUAUAUGAAAACUUGAUAAUAAUUAUUGAAGAGAUUUUUAUAGGUAUUACUUCACAAAGACAAGUAAAUUACAACUUGAAAUAUUAAAAGUAUUAUUUUAACAUUUAGUCUUAAGUUUUUUAAUGUUCUCAAGAACAACAGUGAGAUGCUCCUCAGUAAGAUCACAAUGUCUUAUUUCUGAAGAUUAUAAAGAAGCGAAAUUGAAUUUGUUAAGCUUUGAUUAUAUUUUAAUGGUAUCUAUCCAGGGUAAGUGUUUUUUCAGUGUAUAAAUUGUAAUGCAUAGUUUGUAACAUAGUCUGGUAAUCAAUGCAAGCAAAGGCAAUAAUUAAUUUAAUGAUCUUCAAAAUGAUUCCACUAAAUCAAUGAUACUUAAGGACACCCUAAAUGCAUGCAUGCAACUCAUGUAAUAUUACAUGACAUGACUCAGAACUUUACUUACUUACUCUUGUAUCUAAGUUUAUGUCAUGUAUGUAAAGGAAACUGAUACUUAACAUUGUGACAAGACACAAGUACCCACGUAAAAACGACACAUGUUAUUUGAUUUUUAUCUUUAUAUGAAUGUUUUGUUUUUAUGAUUGUGAUGUUGUCUUAGAUGUCCAUGGUAAAACGUAAAAGCAUACAAUUUCAAGUCACGUGGUUUCCACAAAUUUUACUAAACUUUAUGGACUGGAUAAAAUUUCGCUCCAUAUACUGUGUACUUAAAGCAUUAGAUAUACUUAAAAAUUGUUAUUUUCUCAGAUGCAAAAUUUGUUGUAUUGAAUCUUUUUAAUAUUUAUGGUCUGAGACCUUACUUUAAGAAUUUUUACAAACCUUUAUCACAUUAGUGUUAAGAUUUAUAUAAGAAUUAGCUCUUCUGUCCUCUCUGCCAUCAAGAGGUGAUAACUGAUAAUAAAUGCAUUUUAACAUUUUUUCUUGCACUUUAAUCUUUGUAUUUAUUGUUAUCAUACAUUUUUCUGUUAGUCUUAGGGCUGAUUUAACGGCGCGCGAACUCGCAUGCGAAUUUACUUAAAUUGCUGACUGUUGGUUAUGUUCAAUUCAACUGACCGAUCAAAUCAAAACCCGCAAUGUAACAAAUGCAUGCGAGUUCUCACAUCAUCUAAAUGAGCCCUUAUCCCUUCUGUUUGCAAAUAGUGACACAAAUGUUGCUAUCCUUUUGUUGCCUGCUAGAAUAACUAGAUUGUAAGGCAUGAAUGUUUGGCUGAUUGGACAUAAAGGAGGGUGAUGUUUUAAUCAAAAAUGGUAACUGCGCAAAGUGAGAAUGUCUACUAAAUGUGAUAAUGUAAGUUGAUAAUAUUAUUCUGUAAGAUAUUUACAAUUGAUGUAUUUGAUGUCCAUGAAUAAAGUUAUUAUUUAUGUACAAUA